CACCCGCCCCCUGGCGGUGGCGGGGGGUCGCGGCGGCGGCGGCGGCGGGCGCGGAGCGGCGGCGGGCGCGGCGCCGGCAUGAGCGAGCUGCGGCAGCGGCUCGGCCGGGAGCCCGGUGGGGCGCAGGAGCCCGAGGAGAAGGAGUCAGAGUCUGAGAACAAGCUGGAUGGAGAGACAGCAUCAGACAGCGAAAGCAAAUCCGAAUUUGGAGGAUCGCCCCCGGUGCCGACAUCGGAUGACACUCCAGAAGUCCUGAACAGAGCUCUCUCCAACCUGUCCUCAAGAUGGAAGAAUUGGUGGGUGAGAGGCAUCCUCACGCUGGCAAUGAUCACCUUCUUCUUCAUCAUCAUCUACUUGGGACCCAUGGUCUUAAUGACGAUAGUGAUGUGUGUCCAGAUCAAAUGUUUCCAUGAGAUUAUCACAAUUGGCUAUAACGUGUACCACUCGUAUGACCUGCCCUGGUUCAGGACGCUCAGCUGGUACUUCCUGCUCUGCGUAAACUACUUUUUCUAUGGUGAGACUGUGACAGAUUAUUUCUUCACCCUGGUUCAGAGAGAGGAGCCCCUGCGAAUUCUCAGCAAAUACCACCGCUUCAUUUCUUUCGCCCUAUACUUGACAGGUUUCUGCAUGUUCGUCUUGAGUCUGGUGAAGAAACACUAUCGCCUCCAGUUCUACAUGUUUGGAUGGACCCACGUGACGUUGCUAAUUGUUGUUACCCAGUCGCACCUCAUCAUUCACAACCUGUUUGAAGGAAUGAUAUGGUUCAUCGUCCCGAUCUCCUGUGUGAUCUGCAACGACAUCAUGGCGUACAUGUUUGGGUUCUUCUUCGGCCGCACGCCGCUCAUCAAGCUCUCCCCAAAGAAGACCUGGGAGGGUUUUAUUGGAGGAUUCUUUGCCACCGUUUUGUUUGGAUUGCUGCUGUCCUACGUGAUGUCUGGGUACCGGUGCUUCACCUGUCCGGUGGAGUUCAACAACGACACCAACAGCUUCACAGUGGACUGUGAGCCGUCCGAGCUGUUCCAGCUCCAGGAGUACAACAUCCCCGUGGUGCUGCAGUCCGUGGUGGGCUGGAAGACAGUCCGGAUGUACCCCUUCCAAAUCCACAGCAUCGCGCUGUCGACUUUCGCCUCCCUCAUCGGGCCGUUCGGAGGCUUCUUUGCUAGUGGAUUUAAGAGGGCCUUCAAAAUCAAGGACUUUGCCAACACAAUCCCAGGGCACGGAGGUAUCAUGGACCGCUUUGACUGUCAGUACCUGAUGGCUACCUUUGUUAAUGUGUACAUCGCAAGCUUUAUCAGAGGUCCUAACCCGAGCAAACUGAUCCAGCAGUUCCUAACCUUGCGGCCAGAUCAGCAGCUCCACAUCUUCAACACGCUAAAAGCACACCUUGUCGACAAGGGUAUGUUAGGGCGCUUGGAGGACGCGUAGACAGCCGGGCGAUUGGAACGGGACUGAAAACAGACAAGCCUCUCUGAGGAAAUUCCUGGCUUGCCUGAUUUAAGACAAUAACAAGGCCUCAUUUCACUGUUACUUUUGUUCCUUUCUCGGUAAAUGUUUGCAUUUGUGGGGUUUUUUUAAUAAUGUAUUUAUAGCUUUGGUUCAAAUGAGCAAAUCUCGGGUUUGUAGCUGAAAAGGAGUGAAGGCUUGGAAGGGCUGUUGGGCGAAGCAGGAGGGUACGACUGUCCUCGUGGUCUGUUCUUAACCUUCGGUGCGUGUGGGCAAAGCUGAACUUUUCCCGUGAGCGUGUUUACGCGGGGGGCACACAAAGCGCCGUCCCUGCGACGGCCUCGGCGCGCGGGAGCCCGCAGGGAAGGUGAAGCCGUGCAGCUCCCCCGGGCCGUGGUGCGGGGCUGCCUUCACGAUGGCAACUCUGGGGACCAUCACCUUCUCCGGUGGUAACCGUGAGCGCGGUGUGAAUUUUCCCAGAAAGCCACGUUUGUGCCUGUGCGCGGUCUCCUUGCGGACUGCGCGGCGAGCACGAGGCUCAAGCCAUCGGAGGAGGAUCUUGCGCGAAUCCAGCCACAUUUUCCUCUGCCCAGGCACGCGCACCUAUUUUCACUUGCUGUUUUUUGCAGUGCCUCUCACAUUCCUCCCUUACGGCUGAUAUUUUGGCAAAUAAGAUUUUGAUAAUCAAUUGAACCAGAAAUAGACAGGGGACAACGAGUCAAGAAACCAGCAGGCGCUUGUGGGAAUGUGUGAGGUUCAAAUUGCUUCAAAACUGAAUCAAGUAAAUAGGUUUUAGAGAACAUUGGAAAUUUCAUUGAGUAAUUCCUGCCAAUUAAGAACAACCCUUUAAAUAACUUAGUUCUUUUUUUUUUCCCCCCUCUCAAAUAACCUUUAAGGAACUUUGAACCACAGCUUUUCAUUUCUCAAUGGUUGGAAACCCCGCGCUGGGAUAUUUUAACUAAUUUGGAGAGCAGUUUCCAACUUGGGGUUUUUUGGUUUUGGUUUUUUUCUGAAGUUUGCUGGCUGGGGCUCCAGCACCCCGCUGGUGCUGCCGGCUGGGUAUGUUGUUUUUCUUUCAGGGAUCACGUCUCUCACCUGUUUGUUACUUGAGUUCUAGAUGUCGUGCUGCUGAGUUUAUCAUGGUCUAUGUCGCAUUUCAGUCCGGGUUCGUUACCUGCAGGUUUCUGUCCUGCUUCGCUUACUAAAAUCUUGUCAUAAAUAGUUUGUACUUAAUAGUUGCAAGUUUUAUCUAAGUACUUUCCUUUAUUUUGUCAUACUUUUUUAUUAUUUAAAAAUGAGAGCCCUAAAGAUUGUAAAGCUUUUCCUUUUUUUGUGAUCAGACAGUGAAAAUACCCCUGGUUUAUACCUUACGCAACGUUCCCAGACACAAGGUGACUCUGAUUUUACUUCUUUCCAUAGUUUGUGCAUGGGAGAGAGAAACUUUACCUUAUUUUUACCUGGGGAAAGAGUGACAGGGAAAGAUAAUACGGAAGUACUUUGCUGUUUUCAAACAGUUGCUGAAACAAACCUCCUAUGCAGACGCCCCCCCCCCCCCCCCAUAUGGAGGCAUGUACACGCUGCAAGCUAGCUAAGCAUCGACGGGAAAUAAACCACCUGAAAAUACUUCGUAGCUCGUACUCCAUAUUCUGAUUCUGCCAUUGCUUUCAUUCACGCUGAGUGAGCGAGAGCACGCGUGUGUAAAUGCAUUAAUAGAUCCCAACCUCUCGCUGGCGUUUCCGUAGGACUCUUCCCUGUGUCAUAAGCUCGGCUUCGUCUCCCUAAACAGGAACCACGGGGCCGAAGUUUGUGCCCGUUGUACUGCAAAUACAGGUAUUUGAUCGAAAGCACGGGUUGCGGAGAAGAAGGGUCCAUUUCCACAAAGUAUUUUCAGCGCGGUGCUGGCAAAGUUGCCGGCUUCUGGCAGGAGUCAGGAUUGCUGUGACGGAGCCAGGUGAGGAUUGCAUCUGGUCAAUGCCAAUGGUGUACACAGAGCCUGUCCUGGGCCGGUUGUGGAGACUGUUCUCUUCCAGCUUCAACUAGGGAUUUAUUUUCAUCGAUGUAGAGGAUGUUGGUCCAAGCCCCCCCUGAUUUGAAAAUUGGAGGGGAGAAUUAAAGCGCUUCCAUCUUGCUUUGCCCAGGGGGAACAUUUGGGCUGCGUUUCGUGACGUUUGGCUGAGUUUAGCCAGGCGAAGUGAGGGCACCUGCAAGGAGCACCCGGGCUGGGAGUAGGUGUGGAAGUGAGAGGUGUUUGUGUAGCCCUGGAGAAGGAGUUUGCCCUGUGGGGUCGGACGAGCCGGUGCUUUUCUGGAUUCUCCCUGGCCAUUGCCAACGUCUGCCAAAACCCCUUGUAGUGCACUGGUGGGUCAGAAGUCAGUCGUCAGAAGAAGCUAUAGUGUUGGUAAAUAUUGCAGAAGCGUACUGCUCUUUAUGUUAAGAAGUUUUUCAUAUGGGUCUUUAGUCUCCUGCUCGUCUUGCUUUAAACCUUUAGUUGUAAUUAGUGGGGCAAAAAUCCAACGCAAAGCUUUUCUGCAUGCUUUUGAUUUGAAGUAGCAUUUGGGCCUUUCUGAGGGGUGUAGUGCUGGAUGCGGACACUGGAGGGCAAAGCAGUUGUGUUUAGUGGCUCCCCAGGGCUGGGGGAGAAGCAGCAGCAGCCGCAAUGCCCGAGGGUGGCUUUCCUGCUGAGCCCGCAGCGUUAUUCUUCCUUCCUUCCCAGCAGAGCAGUUAAAGCCUGGACUUCUGAGCCUGUUUUGAUCCUGAAGGGUAAAGCUACGUAGAAAGGGUUUGGCAUCCCGUGCCGAAGCUCGAUGAACUGAACGGGAAGAGCGCAUCUGUUUGAGAAACGGAGGAGGAAGGGCGGGAGAUGGGGGGUCGUUGAGGUGAUUUGCACGCUGUACAGCUGAUCUUGCUGAGACAUAACUGAGGAGCACCGGAGCGUGUCCUCCGUCGGGCUGAGAGCUGGGGCUGGCAAACCCACUCCUAUACCGCUGGUGUGAGUAUACGUGACAGUGCUGCUCAGCUCUUAGCGACAGCAUGCUGUCUCGGGGAGCGUCUGGUGGGUUUUCCCCAUCAGCCCAGCCUGCGAGUGGCUUUCCUUUGCCGUAGGUGUUUCAAGUUAGGCUUAGAAAGUAAGAGGAAAUGAAAAGCUGAUGUUACUGGCUUUGGCAGUCCCUAAAGGAGUGAACUGUGAUGCCAAGGGACGUGUAGCAAGACACGCUGCGUCUCGUUUGAUUGCAUUAAGCCUUGCAGGACCUUGGUCAUGCUGCAGCUCUCGCAAGGUUUUAGGUUUGGAGGGAGGCUGACGUGCUGCUGGAGGGGCCAAACCGACACCAGGGAUGUCUAGGUAGGGCGACACGGGGAUGCUCACCUGAAGUUUCUCCGGCUGCAGGGCUCAAGCUCGGAAUUGCACAGUAGAUUUUGUUCACAGCGGGCUCCGCGACCGGAGAAGUUCCUCCUGCUUGUGCCCAGCAAGAGGGAAUUAACCGUGAGAGCAGACCAGCAAGGGGGGAGGUACUGUAUCAGCCAGCGCGUGUGCUUGCAUCGGAAGCAAGAGAAAAGCAGGAUUUGGCCAAUGUGAAGCUUUGAAGCUGAGGAGGGUAUGACUGCUGCCUGGCAGGGGACAGGCUGGUUUGGAAACACCUCUUACAAGAGUGGACAGAGAGGGACGUGAGUGUAUUUAAUGAGCAAAGGGAUGGCACGUGGCUCGAAAGCCGCUUUUGGAUGGCGUGAGAAGCCGUCUGUCCUGGUGAGGUCAUUCUAAACGCUCAUGGUGUUUGUUUGCUGGUGGGUGAUUUAGCGAUAUGGGUCAGACACUGGUUAGAUCCACAGCUGGAGAAGGCACGGCUGGGCUGGGGCUGUGUAGAGGAGCACUUGGCAUGCUCUGAGAGGAAUUCGCUUCUCCAGGGCUGGUCGUAGCCCAGACUAGUUUGCAGAUUGGAUGAAUGGCCAGACCGUGGCCUGCAGUGCUGAGCGAAACACCAAAACCUAGUUUCUGCAUACAGUGUCAUGCCCUGUGCCGAGCAGUGUGUAUUAUUUAGGUAUUCUUCGGGGUGAUGGGCUCAGAAACCUGGUAACGCUGAUCUGAAGGGGCAGCCGUUGCCUGGGGCUGAUGGAACCCUGUGCAGCUCAUGAAGCUGGAAAUCCUGUAGCAUCAGCUAACGCUUGGCACCAGGUUGCAAAAUGCUGGUAUCUCACAUCCCAAGGUAUGUCUGCUGUUUGUGAUGUGUGCGGUGAGCUGCCCCGCGCGUGGCUGCGGCGGCAUCCUGGCAUCUCUUCCUUCCCCUGCCGCCCCCCAGCAGCUCCCUGUGACCGGCGGAAGGCGGAGGUGUGUGGAAAGCGUCCGUACGGCCCAGCCAGACCCUCUCGGGGACAGGUGUUUGUCACAAAAAGCAUCGCGUGAAAGCUCCCGUGGUUCCUGUCCUCUUAACCAGCCCCGGAGUUGCAUUUUGUACUACUGUAAUCUUUGUCUGCUCCUGUUCUCCAGACCUGACAUGUUUCUGCCAUCUGCUUCUUUCUCUGUGCAUUGUUCUUUUGAUUAAUGUUUUAGAUACACAUGUAGAGUUGCCUUUCUUUGACCGAAUGUCCGAAUGUGAUAUAUUGUAUAUUUUAAAGUAUUUACCCUAUUUAUAUACUAUAUGUUACUGUUAAAUAAAUAUAAGUUCCAUUAUC